AAGGAAGAAAUGAAUAAUAACAAUAAAUCAUAGUCGAAGAAAGAAAGAGAAGUUAUUCGACAAUUGUUAACUAACUAUGAACCAGCAAGUCGACCUGUCAAACUGGGCAAUGAAACCCUGGAGGCAUCUGUACAAGUGAUUUUACAACAAGUAGUUGAUUUAGAUGAGAAAAAUCAAAUUCUACUGACUUCAUUGUUAGUUCAACUGAAAUGGAUCGAUCAAACCAUCAAGCAUAGAAUGUUACAAUUGUAUAAACACAGUGAAUUUGAAGAUCGUUUAACCAGUCUUGUAUUGCCAUCAUCACGUGUUUGGACACCGGAUUUAUAUGUGUAUAAUAAUGCAGAUGAUGGUAAAAAUGGACUGCUGGAUGUUCGACAGAGUAGAGUACGUGUCAGUAAAGGAGGUGAAGUGACUUGGAAUCUGCCUGUCAGCGUACGGAGUUCAUGUAAUGUAGACGUGUUGUACUUUCCAUUCGAUCAUCAAAUGUGUGAUAUACAAUUGGCUUCCUGGACCUAUGACCAGAGUCAACUAAAGUUGAAUAUUGUACCAGUUAAUACAAGCAUAAUGCUGAGCAAAUUAAUUGAAAACGUUGAAUUAGCUGUACCAGAGUUGAAAAUUUAUCAGGAUUAUCGGAUUACCGUCGGUGGACAAAAUAUUACGCAAAUAAAUUUAAGAAUACACAUUUAUAGACGGGCUUUAUUCUACGCCUAUACCGUGAUUGCACCCAGUAUACUAUUAUGCGUAUUGACUAUAUUCAGUUUUUGGCUACCGAGUGGAAACGCAAGGAAAAUCGACAUGGGAUUAACAGUAUUUCUAUUCUUGUACUUUUUACAGGUAAUGAUUGCAGAGAAUACACCAGAGUCAAAUUCAACUCCAUUAAUUGGUACUUUCCUUACUAUGGUAAUGACAUUGAAUUCAAUCUCGUUAAUUUUCGCUACCACGGUAUUACACAUACAUUUACGAAGUAAAAGUGAACCAUGCCCAGAACCUCAUCCAUUAUUAUGGCUUCUUGUAACAAAGGUACUCGGUUAUUUGGCAAUGGUACCAUAUACUGGAGAAAUUCAGAUCGACUCCAAUGUACGUUGUGAACAAGUUCAUAAUGGUGUUAAAAGUCAAGCAAAAAUUAAUCUCAGUAAUAACACUGACAAGAACAGAAAAGCACUUGUAGAAGAAAAUAACAGCACUAGGUCUUCCUUUGUUGCUGCUAGCAGAGAUAAUCCUGAAAAUAUUUAUGAGCAGUAUAAUCAAACAUCUGUUUUAGCUAAAAAGCAAACUUUAAAAGAAGUGAAAAUCGCACGCUGGCUAUAUAUCGCAAGAGUUGUGGAUAGGAUAUUAUUUCAAGUGUAUUUAAUUACAACUCUAAUAUCAAUUUUCGUUUUUCUCAUCUAUUUACCUGCUUCUUAUGAUAAAAAGAUAUAGACAGCAUCUCUUAUGCAUAUUUUUUAAAUCACCUGUGAAAUCUGUCUCAUCAAGCUGAUUUAGAUAAUUAAAAUAAACUGAUUAAAGUUUUCAGUGAGCUUGUAUUUGACUGGAAAUGGUAUACAUUUGAAUUAGGUUACUGAACACAUAUGAGAUGAGUGAUACCCACUAACAUUUCAUUCUGGAUGUUUCCAAGAGGCUUUAGACUCAAGUCGAAUGCUAGCUUUUCGAUACUUCUCAAGCGUUUGUAUAGUUUUCAGGACAUUUAUACUUCCUUUUGGAAUCAUUCCUUACAAUGGUCACACAAUGAGUUA